AUGACCAGGGGCACUCUCUACAAAAUCCAGCAGCUCCAGCUGUUCGACCUCCUCUCCCAGCACGAAAAAGACCUCUUGACCUCCUCCCUCAAUUCCUACUCCAACCUCCUCUGGGACGCAAGAUACUUUCUCAAACUAUCCUUCAUCUCCUACCUACGCCAGAACAACGAAAACACCGUCAAAAACUUCAUGUCUGCCUACGACGCCCUCAUCAACCUCCUCAAAACCAUCCACUUUCAAGAUAACUCUCAUCUAUGGCUCCAUGUUCGCAAAUUGCUAGACAUCACUGCCAUCAAUGUCGUCAAAUUGUACUUUUAUCUCCAAUCCCCCUCAAUUGCCUACAAAAAAUUCAACCACCACAUCCAAUCCGUCAUAUCAACCCUAAAGGCCCACAACAUCUCCCCCCAAUCUUCCUCGGUCUUCAAUUGGCUAAGUCUUCAGUUUCUCUGGCUCGCCCAACUAACUGACAUAAUUCCCUCCCUGAUUCUUCCAAUUAACGUCCCUUAUCUAUAUGAUAGAGACGACAUCCUUGUCAACUCAUCGAUAUCCUCUUUGAUGCCCCAGACUGGCUACCUCUAUCUACGUUCAAUCUCUUUCCUAAGGAAAAAACAACACGCCCUACUCUCACAAUCAAACUCAAACUCAAACUCAAACUCAAACUCAAACUCAAACUCAAUUCCUACAACUCUCGAUCCAUACUUGAUCAAAUCACAGCCUAACGAAUCAAACAUAAUCCUCUCUCCCAUCCUUAUCAACUUACUCAAAAACGCCGCAAAUGCCUACUCCAGAACAACAAACAACAAAACCAAAAAAAACUCCAUCUUUAACAGAUCAAUAGCCUACAUCAACUUCCAAAUAGCCGAGGAAUACUUCUUAUCAAAAGAUUACAAAAACUCCUCCUUCUUCUUCCAACAAGCCUUAGCAACUUUCUCAAAAAACAACUUCAACACCAUCCUACUCACAAUCCUAUUCAGACUACUCCAAUCUGCCUACUUUUUAAAUAACCCCAACGAUGCCGCACAAUACCUCACACAACUAUCUAUCAUCGACGAUUUUCACUUUAACCAAUCGUCUCAAUCAAAAAAAAUCCACCAAUCUUUAACUUCUAUACUACAAAACAACAAACUUGCUCCUCUUUUCAACGUCCAACAUACCCAAAAUAAUAAAAUAAAAUUACACAUCUCUGCUGGCGCUUUUAAAAACUUGAAACUACUCGAUUUAUCCUUUGUCUUUAAAGAAUCAAAAACCUCCGUCGGCUUGCCCUCUCAUAUCCAAUUAGCCUUAAAAUCCCUAAUAAAUCCUCUAUUCACUUCGCUUUGGACCCUAUCCAAAAUAACCCUCAACUUUUCAAAACCUUCCGCCUUCUCAACAAUCCUAUUAAUCAACGACUCAAAUUCCCCUCCCUCAAACUUCAUCGACAUCAAAACCGAAGAUUUUACAAAAAACGCAAACUCAAUAUCCGCAAAUAUCAACCUAAACUUCAACUCCUCCCACCAAAAAAUUAUCCACAUCUCCCAAAUCGUCUCAGAAAUCGGUAUCCAUUCUUGUGAAUCAAUCAUCUUACUACUCGAAAACAACCUCUUUGACAUCACCAUAGAUUACCCCCUAGUCUUGCAAUCAAAAUUUAAUAAAAACUACAUUUGGAAAAAACCACAAUCCUCUCCCAAAACAACCAAAACUCAAAACUAUAAUCUCAUUAAAACUCAAAACCCUUUCAUAACUGAAAUCAUACCAAGACAUCCACACGUCAAUGUAUCUGUCAACAAACCCCAAACAGCGUUUACAAAUGAAUUAUUUCCAAUAAACAUCCAAGUUUUAAACAACGACAAAGAAAUCAUCAAAAUUGAAUUUGCCGCUUUUGUAUCCAUUGAUAACAAUACCGAUAAAAAUAUAUCUAAUAAUAAUACUACGCAUAACCAAAUCAAUGAAAACGAAAAUGAAAAUGAAAAUGAAAAUGAAAAUGAAAAUGAAAAUGAAAAUGAAAAGAAAAACAAAAACAAAAACAAAAAUGAAAACGAAAAUAAAAGUCAAACAAAAACAUCACUCGACUCUAAAGAAGACAACUUGCUGAUCCAUUGGGAUAAUAACCCAAAAUCUCAUAACAUACAGGAAAUUAAAAUCAACCAGGAACUUAAAACUGGCUCAAUCGCAUCGAGCAACUUGUUCAUCACUGUGCCCAAUUUAAAAGAUACCAUCGGUCCAUCCGGCUUUUUAAACGUUCAAAUCGACAUUGCUUACUACAUCCUUAACAUUCAUCAAAAUGUCCUUGUAUACGACAAAUUAUCCUAUCUGAUUCCAAUUGUAAAUGUCUUUGACAUUUCCUUUGGCGUCUUUCCUAGAAUACGAAUCAAAGAUAUGCCUUGUCCAAUAUUGUUUGAUAAUCUUAAUCCAAUUAAUAAAAAUUCAACUCCCAUCCCAGUUCGCAUGUGGUGUGGAAAAAUUAGCCUAGAAUAUCAUGGAAAUGAGGAUAUUGAAUUGCUAACUGAAGAUUUUAUUGUAAAAACUAAAAAGGAUGACGAAUUUUCUUGUCAGAAUCUUAUUGACGAAACUGCUUAUAAUGAUGCCUAUACUGACGAAACUAAAAAACCAUAUCAAUCAAAUGAUAAAAUCCAAUAUCCUAUUCAAACAUUACAACCUGAUUCAUCUAAUACCUUUACAAAUCUAUUUACAACAAGAAUCAAAAACGAAAAGCCACAUCGCCAUAUACCAAUUGAAGUUAAUUUCAGUCUUAAAUGGCGUAGAAAGAAUUCAAAAACUGUUAAUGAAACUAAAUCCAAAAGUUGGCCCUUGAAUUUACCUCUAGCAGACCCAAGAGUUCUUUUAGAAACAAAACUUAUAAAGGAUUCAAAUUUUUUGACCUUGAAAUAUUAUCUUGAAAACCCAACUUCACGCAUAUUUUCGUUUUUUGUUGAAAUUAAAGAAAACAGUAAUUUCACAAUAACCGGCAGCAAUAAGAAAAUCUCACAACUAAUCCUAUUACCAUUUACAAGACAAGAAUUAAUAUUCACAGCUAUUCCUCUACGAAAAGGUUGGUUAAGAUUGCCUACUUUGAAAGUUUUUGAUUUAAAAUACAAAGUUGUUUUGCCAACUUUGAUUGUAACUGAUGAGCCUCAGUCGAAUAAGGGAGAGAUUUAUAUUCAAUGUUAA